AUGGGAAGCGGCGCUCCCUCCCGGCUGGUGGACUUGAUUCUCGGAGGCAAGCUGGACGCUCUGAGGCAUGAUCUGCCGGAGCUGCCGGAGCUCGACAAUCUCUUCGCGCCGGAGGGACCGAUCCGAGACGCGGAAUUAUUAGCCGCUGACGCCUUCGGCGCAGCCAAGACAUGGAUGUUGGCAAACGGGAGCACGUGCGGGGUCCUGGCAUCGAUCAUCGCUUGCGUUCAGUGGCAUAACUCUCGCCCCGGGGGGGCACCUCUCGCCGACGCUCCAGCCGGAAGCGGUGGCGGCCGCAAAAGCGUGGUUAUCCUUCCCCGUGACGCGCACAAGUCGGCGGUACACGCGCUAGUCCUCAGCGGGGCGACGCCCUGCUUCCUGCCGCCCAUCCGCCACCCGGAGUCGGGAGUUGGCCUCGGGGUCGGCACGGCGGAGCUGAAAGCGGCGCUAAAGGAACACGGAGAUGAGGUGGCGGCGGUGUUCAUGGUGUCUCCGACGUACGAGGGUGCAUGCUCGGACGUGACCUCGGCGGCGGAAGCCUGCCACGGGGCCGGCGUCCCCCUCGUGGUGGACGAGGCCCACGGGGCGCAUCUCGCCUUCUUGGGCGAAGCACAACCGCCGCCAUCACGCCCAUCAGAGGAGGAGGAGGAGGGGAGGGAGGGGAAGGAGGAGGAGGAAGGCGGUCGGGACAAGCAGGGAGGAAGCGUGUUCGCCUCAGGGGGCACCGAGGGGGACGGAGGAGGAAGCGGGGGCGGGGACGACUUCUCCAUCGAGCGGGCUGUCACGGAUGCCCUUGCGACGGUCCAGAGUUCUAGCCCCAGCUACCUGCUCUUAGCGUCGCUGGACGCGGCGCGUUGGGACCUCGCCGGCGCCACCAAGAACGCCAAGCGUCGCCUCAGGGAGGCGGCGCUGAUCGCGGACGGGGUGCGGGAAGAGCUGUCGAGCGUCGAAGGCAUCAACGUGCUCGACCUGGGGGGAGAGAGUGGGUCGGCGGCGGGAUGCGUAGGGACGGAUCCGUUGCGACUUACCGUGUCUUUCGAAGGGGGCGUCGGUGGAUACGAGGCCGACGAAAUUCUCAUCGAAGACUUUGGUGUGUACGCGGAGCUCCCCGGUCCGGACUACGUGACCUUCGUCUUCGGUCCCGGAUCGACCGUCGAGCACGGACAGAGGCUGGCGGAAGCGCUGCGACACGUCGCGCUGCCAGCGCAGAAACGGUGUGCCCAUACCCCCCAGGUGGGCAUUCCGGCGCUGCUGCCUGGCGAGGCGAUCACACAGGCGGCGCUGGACGCUCUCGCGGCCGUCAAGGAGAGCGGCGGCGUGAUCUCCGGCUGCAGCGAUGCCACCCUCGCGACAAUGAGAGUCGUUGUCGACUUGGUGCCUUCCGAGCGCCGGUAAUAGUAACAGCAAACGCCUCUUGCUGUGUUGUCUACUUGGGUCAACAUUUGUUGGUGAAGGGGAACAGCCGCAGCAGACUUUUCGUUGGCACAACCAGGCACGACGGGAGUUGUAGAUGUAGGAGUCGUCGGCCCGAGAGGAUGGUGAACGCCGGCGCUCGUAACGAGGUGUGUGGUGUUUUCGUGACUGACUGAGCUGCGCGGCGGGUGUUCAAGGACGGCAACAAAACGCUUGUUGGAUUUCGUCGGCACCAUGAGCGU